AUGGUUGCUUCUAGUUCCAACGGUGCAGGAGACGCAACUUCGCUCGAUCAGGAUUUAUACGAACUCAGACGGAGUAAGUUUUCGGACAAGGCUGUUCAGGAAAUUAGCGACUGGAUAUUCAUUACGGUGCUAAAGGAAAAGUCCAAUACUCGCGAUGCAGCUCAGCUCUUAGACACUCUUAAAGACGGCACUGUGUUGUGUCAGCUGGCAAACACUAUAAUACAAGGUGACUCUGCCUAUUACAAGCCGCUGAAAUAUAAAGCUUCAAAAAUGCCAUUUGUGCAGAUGGAGCAGAUCUCUCAAUUUUUGUCAUUUGCGAGGCUCUAUGGCGUGCCCGAAGACGAGCUUUUCCAAACUGUGGACUUAUUCGAGGAAAAAGAUCCCGCUUCUGUUUUCCAAACCCUUAUAUCAUUAUCGCGCUAUGCUAACAAAAGACAUCCUCAAGAGUUCCCGGUCAUUGGACCACAAUUAGCGACUAAAAGGCCACGGCCCCCAAAGGCUGCAAAACCAGCGCAUCUGCAAGCAGCGCAGUGGAAUGCAAUGGAAUACGGGUCAAUGAAAGGCGCCUCGCAGUCUACCGAGGGCGUUGUUUUUGGCCAAAGAAGAGAUAUCGCCGGAUGA